UUUCUCACCUCCUCCUCCUCUUCCAUCUCCUCCUGCUUGUGUUGUACUUCUCAAGUUGAGAUGAAGUGUGCAUUUUUGAGUGGAAAGUGACAGACUGUGAAGUAGCUGGAGUGGUCAGCAAUAGUUGAUGCUCUUCUCGACUCUCUCUCUCUCUCUCAUCAAACAAGAUUUCUAGAAGUUCUACCGAGACGUGACGGCCAAGGAGAGCCAUGUCGAAUCCAUGUGCCUGCGUUUUGGAGCUGCUGGGUAUGCUCGUAGGAGUGGGGGCAUGGUUCUGCUCACUUGCUGCUACACUCAUGCCCAGCUGGCUGAGCCUCUCCACUGAGCUGCUCGUCAUGGAGAGCUAUGAAGUGGGCCUGUGGGAGUCCUGUGUGGUACAGGAGGUGGCAGGCAGUGAAUGUCGUCCCUUUGAAACCCUGCUGGGUCUGUCACGCAACCUCACACUGGCACGCUUCUGCAUGUGCCUGUCAGAUGCCCUAGCUCUCCUGGGACUCCUGAUCGCUGUCCCAGGUCUGACCCUGGUGAAAAGUUGCGGGGGGUCUCAGGGAAGGAAGGUGAAGCGUGGCAUGAAGAUCACAGCAGGUUUGAUGAUCCUGAUUUCUGGCAUCUUCGUACUCUAUCCUGUCUCGAAUAUCGCCCAUGAGACCGUUGUGAAGUUCCACGAUCACUCAGUCCCUCAUACAGUGCCUCGCUGGGAGUUUGGCGAUGCGCUGUUCGUCGGCUGGGCUGCAGGAUUUUUUCAUGUCGUCACUGCGAUGUUGUUCUUCACCUCGUGUUGCUGUUCGGAAGAGAAUGAGAUGCAUGUAGCGUACCAUCACCAAGAAAAGUUCAAGCCUGUGAGCAGCUCGAGCAAAAAAUUCGUGGAGUAUGUUUAACAGGAGCCAGAAAACAUUCAGAGUGUUUCUAAUGUGAUAUCACAGAUAAGCUGAUUACUUUUCCCUUUAUAAUGUACACUCCUCUCUCUUUUCUUUGGUCACUGCAGUCCAACAGGUAACAUAUGGAAUGUGUUAAUACUUUUGCGCUGUGCUCAUAUUAGUAAUAGGUUUUAUUUUAUUCUAUUAUCAGCUGCUGUGAAUAACUGCACUUAAACUGCUUAGGCAUAUGUACACAAGCUUUCCAAUGGAAUAUUAAGUGAUGAAUUUAUACAUACAUUUAUACAAAAGUACAGUUUGGUUAAAUAUAUCUUUAGUAUGUAUUUGUAUAUUACACUGAUAUUUUGUUUGAGUGUAUUUCUGUAGAUAACAGUAUAUACUUAGCUAGUAUACAUUGUAUUAAUAUACAAUACUAAUAAAGUGUCUAGAAGCAAAAUUGUUUGCUAGAAAAACAAGCUCUUAAGAAACCCCUUCAUGUCACUAACACAUGCAGCUCUUAUUGUGAGGUUGUUAAGUGACUGGGAGAAAAAUAGCCUUUGAAAAACAUCUGCUCUUGAUCCACAAUAAAAGUGACUAAAAGUAGUGUUUCGGUUGAAUGUAUGGUAAGAAAUGGAGUAGGUUUUUGGCAGGGUUUGGAAGACAGCUAAAAGUGUGCUUGAGUUUAAUUAGACCUAAUGUCCAAUUCAUAUCAGCAUGUGGAUUAAGCUGUGUUUAAUGAAGCCUCUAUGAACAGUAUGUCCUAAUGAGGAAUGCCAAACAGAACCACCCUCCUGCCUCCUCUCUAUGCUGAUGACUGAUUUGACCUGGUUAAGGGUACAACUUACCCUUGGAAAAAAUCUUCAAAAGAAACUGACUCGGCAAAGAGACAGGUCCUCGGACUCUUGUUUUCACUAGGCUUUCAAAGACGCCUUACCUUUAAAUGUGAGAUGAAAAAAUGCUAUCAGUGCACUGAUGUAAUGCUUCAUCAAAAUGCUUGUGUAUGAAUUAAACCACGUCAAUUUGAUUUCUAAUUAAUUUUGUUGAUGCAUCUUGAUAUAUAAAUUCCAAGAGAAGUAAGCAACAGAUUAUCAACAAUAAAAAUUUGAUAUUCCUCACACUGAAAACUUGAAGGAAACAUCUGUCUCAACAAACAAAUAAUGAGUAUGAAUCAAAACAUCUGUCUACUCACUGGUACUGUGUUAUUUUACAGUUUUUUUCAGAAUCAUAUUUUGCCCAAUAAAGCUUUUGUCCCUCGUGCAAAUAAAAACAUCAGAUCUUUUGUUGCUGCAUGUUGAUACUGCAGAUUGUUUUUUAAGAUUAUUUAUUUUCUUUAGUUAUCCUCCAUUUAGGGGGGAAAAAAUCCCAGCUGAGACCAGGCGUACUCAGACCAAAAGACGCCAGAUUAAAGGGUGUGUACACUUAUAACUUCCUGUGAUGGACAAUAGAUAAGAAGAGCUGCAUGGCUAUCAGGAAAACAAACAGCGCUUUGACGUUGCCGCUAAUUGCCAUUUAUUCCCAGCAGGAGAAAACUGGGCAUCUGCUGAGGAAGAGGAAAUUCAAUUUCAACACAUAAUUACAAGCCAGCUGUUAAUGCAAUAAACUGUAAACAUACCUUUGAAAAAGGAACUGAAAACAAGAACA